AUGCUUCGUCUCGUAGUCCUGUUGACCGCUGUCUGCGCCGUCCUUGGAGGCAGCUUCGAAACGAAGUAUGGAUACUCGAAGGUGAUGACAAACUGCUUUGGUGAAGACCUCUACUAUGGAUGGUAUAAGCAGGUGUUCAAGGCGAUGAAGGAAUGCUACGGGAAGGAAACGGUUCUUCCCAUGCAUGGUGCUUCUGAUAUGGAGGAUGAGAGCGAAGAGAAUUAUGGCAACCAGCCCGUGUUCGUCAUCCUGAACGCUGAAGAGCAAGGUCAGAAGUUCCCCCUGCGGUUCGCCUUUGCGCAACGACAGAAACGUGAAGCCCUGUACGAUGCUCCUGUUCUGAAGAAAAUGGUGUCGAAGAUGAAGGCAAAGAUUGGUAACUUCACGUGCGUUAUGAAGAAAAUGAACUAUGUGGAUGAGGACUUCAACAUUGAGUAUGACAACAUGAAGAAAGAAAUUCAAGACUUAGGCCUCGAGGAUGAACUGGCGGAUGAUUUGAUGGAGGGAAUAGAUAUCUGCAAAGACUUCACGCAAUGCCUUCCCACCGGCACGUCUCCAAUGCCCAUGAAAUUGCAGAAAAUGCUUGCCUUCCUCAAGUGCGACAAGGAGGCCCGCUUCAGCAUCUGCACGAAGCAUGACUUCAUGAAAAAACUGGACUAUUUCGACACGUCCGCCAUCCUGGAGGAGGGCGAAGGCGACGACGAGGCAGCAGAAAAGCUCAUCCAUAUCAUGUGGGGCCUCGAGGCCAGCGAUGACUUCCAGCUCUACUGAAGGGGCCCCUCGGGGUCGGAGGGAGACGCGAAACAGGUGUUUGUGGGACGUCUAUGAAAUAUUGUCACA